AGGACAAGGCGUACGGUUUGGGCGCCAAUAGUUGCGGUAUUUGCGAUUUCAGCGAAGGCUAUGACUUUAUGGUCGCCCAGACAUCGAAGGGGAGUCUUAUAGGUUGGGGUCAUAACAAUAGGGGUCAGUUGGGCAGAGGGGACGUCAAUGACGAGCAGUUCCUCACUCCUAAAGAGAUUUUAUUCCCGCAAAAUGAGGAUAUCGUGCAAAUAAGUUGCGGCAGAAAUCACUCGCUGGCCCUCACGUCAAAUGGAAAGGUCUACGGAUGGGGUGACAACAGCUCCGGACAGGUGUCCGGCAAACCGACUGAAUAUAUAUCGGCUCCUUUUAAGUUAGGCAAUAAACACGGCAUCAAACAGAAAAUCAAAUAUGUGUUCGCAGGCUUUGAAUCGUCGUAUGCGGUGACCAUCGAUGGCCAGGUCUACAGUUGGGGUCGCAAUGAGUACGGAAUUCUAGGCCACGAAUACACCACUCGUGGGCCCAGAUUUGUCACCGGAUUAAAGGAUGUGAUCAAAGUCUGCAGCAAUCAAUUAAACAGCUAUUUCUUGACAAGUGAUCAAUGCGUGUAUUUUUGCGGUGCCGUCGAUGCGGAAGUGGGCGCCAGAAAUACCACGUAUUAUUCAUAUUGUGCGACUCCCAUGAAAUUUAACAUUAAGAAAGUGGUGGAUAUUUAUUGUUUUGCUUUUGGAGCGAAUCGGAGCGAAUCCAUUGGAACUGUUGGUGGAGAAAGACAAAAACAAAUUACUUAUAAAGCCCUGGAUCUGGACAGCGAUGGACUCGUGUCCACUCACGAACUCUAUGUCAAACACAAAGACAAAACUGAUAUGUUUUCAAUUUACGCCUGCGAUGGCAAGUUUGAGACCACGUUUAAGUCGGUGAAGUCCAUAAAUGCCGGCGCCUUUGGCUCUGUAUAUAAAGUGGUCAAUAACACAGACGGCAAACUCUAUGCCGUGAAGAAGAUAUCCAUUGAAAAAGAAUCGGUUCGCUAUAAAGGGUUUCAAGAAUUUCAAACAAUGACAAAACUGAGCAAUGAAUCCAUUAUCGAGUAUAAGAGCGCAUGGAUUGAAGACAAUCAGUUUGUCUACAUUCAGAUGCAAUUCUGCGACUAUAACUUGAGGAACAUUUUGGACACCAGAAUAAAUGCAUUUAAUAGACAAUCGGCUAAAACACCCAUCAGUUUAACCGAAUAUUACUUAUUUUUGAAAAUAUUUUCGGACGUAAACCAGGGCUUAGAGUAUUUGCAUUCAUCAGAGCCUCCGAUCAUUCACCGGGACUUAAAGCCCGAGAAUAUUCUGGUCGUCCGCCACAACCCCAACGGUUGGUUCGUCAAGAUAUCGGACUUUGGUCUCUCCGUAUUUGACGAGUCGGGCUCUCAGAGUCACACUCGCGGCGCCGGCACUGAGAAAUAUAUGGCACCAGAGGUUAAAUUUAGCGGCGAUUACAACACUAAAUGCGAUAUUUUUAGUUUUGGUUUAAUUGCGUGCGAAAUGUUUGACAUAAACUUCCACAUCUCGGAAGAGGUUUCCAAGAGAAACCACUUCGCGAUAUCCAACCAGAAGUUUCAAUCACUCGUCGAUACCCUGAUUAAUAUGAUGAAUCAAUUCCAAGUAAAGCGACCGACAAGUGCUGACAUACAGGCGCUGAUCCACAACUGGACGGUCGAUGCGAUGAAUUCA